AUGAUGAUGAAAAUACAACAGCCCAAGCCACUGCAUAACCAAUCAAACACUAAUAAAUCAAAUGAAGAACAACAGGCAAACCCACAAUCGAAAGAGGAUAAUACCAAAAAAGGCAAUAAAUCAAAUCAAGAAACCAGUACAAAAACAAAAGCACACGAAAAUUCAUCAAAUUCAAAUGAAAAUAAAUCCGAACAGAAAAGUGAUAAUCUUGAAUCUGAAGAAGAUGAUACUGGAAAAGGCACCACAAGCCAUAAACGGGAAAAAAGAAGACCUAAAAAACAAAACAACAAAGACGGAACAAGUUCAGAAGAAAAUAGAGAAAAAGAAAGCAAUGUGCCUGAAUCUUCCAAAUCUAAUAAACAAAAAUCAUCUAACAGUUCCAACAACAACGAUAAAACAAAUAAAUCUAAAAACGAUGAAUCAAACAAGUCUAGUACAGAGGCCAGUUCAGAAGAAACGGAAAGAUCAAAACAAAAAGGAAAACCAAAAAGUAAUGAAAAACUUGAGGAUAAUCAGAAACCAAGCGAUCAAAACGAGUCCAGUCAAGAAAACCAAUCUGGAGAUGAUUCCCAAAUUAAUAAAAAACAUAAGAAACAAAAAUCACCCAGCAAGUCUAACAAGAACGAUAAAUCAAAUAAGUCUGGAACUAAGGGCAGUUCAGAGGACACAGACGGAUCAAAAGAAAAAGGAAAACCAAAAAAUAAUAAAAAACCUGAUAAGAAUCAGAAACAAAGUGAUAUGAGUGAUCAAAACGAGUCCAGUGACGAAAACGAAUCAGGAGAUAAUGCUCAAAAUAACAAAAAAUAUAAGAAACAAAAAUCACCUAGCAAGUCUAACAAGAACGAUGAAUCAAAAAAGUCUAGUACAGAGGCCAGUUCAGAAGAAACGGAAGGAUCAAAACAAAAAGGAAAACAAAAAGGUUAUAAAAAACCUAACAAGAAUCAGAAACCAAUUGAUAAUAGUGAUCAAAACGAAUCCAGUGAAGAAAAUCAAUCUGAAAAUGAUACUGAGAAUAACGAAAAACAUAAUAAACAAAAAUCACCUAGCAGUUCUAACAAGAAAGAUAAAAAGAAAAAAUCUGGAAAAGAGGGCAGCUCAGACGAGACGGAAGGAUCAAAACAAAAAGGAAAACCAAAAAGUAAUGAAAAACCUGAAGAUAAUCAGAAACCAAGUGAUCAAAAGGAGUCCAGCCAAGAAAACCAAUCUGGAGAUGAUUCCCAAAUUAAUAAAAAACAUAAGAAACAAAACUCACCUAGCAAGUCUAACAAGAACAAUAAAUCAAAUAAGUCUGGAACUGAGGGCAGUUCAGAGGACACGGAAGAAUCAAAAGAAAAAGGAAAACCAAAAAAUAAUAUAAAACCUGAUAAGAAUCAGAAGCAAAUUGAUACGAGUGAUCAAAACGAGUCCAGUGACGAAAACCAAUCUGGAGAUGAUGCUCAAAUUAACAAAAAACAUAAGAAACAAAAAUCACCUAGCAAGUCUAACAAGAACGAUGAAUCAAAUAAGUCUGGUACUGAGGGCAGGUCAGAGGACAUGGAAGGAUCAAAAGAAAAAGGAAAACCAAAAAAGAAUAAAAAACCUGAUAAGAAUCAGAAGCAAAUUGAUACGAGUGAUCAAAACGAGUCCAGUGACGAAAACCAAUCUGGAGAUGAUGCUCAAAUUAACAAAAAACAUAAGAAACAAAAAUCACCUAGCAAGUCUAACAAGAACGAUGAAUCAAAUAAGUCUGGUACUGAGGGCAGUUCAGAGGACACGGAAGGAUCAAAAGAAAAAGGAAAACCAAAAAAUAAUAAAAAACCUGAUAAGAAUCAGAAGCAAAGUGAUAUGAGUGAACAAAACGAGUCCAGUGACGAAAACCAAUCUGGAGAUGAUGCUCAAAUUAACAAAAAACAUAAGAAACAAAAAUCACCUAGCAUGUCUAACAAGAAGGAUGAAUCAAAUAAGUCUGGUACAGAGGCCAGUUCAGAAGAAACGGAAGGAUCAAAACAAAAAGAAAAACCGAAAAGUAAUAAAAAACCUAACAAGAAUCAGAAAUCAAGUGAUAAUAGUGAUCAAAACGAAUCCAGUGAAGAAAACAAAUCUGGAGAUGAUGCUCAAAAUAACAAAAAACAUAAGAAACAAAAAUCACCUAGCAAGUCUAACAAGAACGAUAAAUCAAAUUACUCCGUAACAGAGGCCAGUUCAGAAGAAACGGAAGGAUCAAAACAAAAAGGAAAACCAAAAAGUAAUGAAAAACUUGAGGAUAAUCAGAAACCAAGCGAUCAAAACGAGUCCAGUCAAGAAAACCAAUCUGGAGAUGAUUCCCAAAUUAAUAAAAAACAUAAGAAACAAAAAUCAUCUAGCAAGUCUAACAAGAACGAUAAAUCAAAUAACUCUGUAACAGAGGCCAGUUCAGAAGAAACGGAAGGAUCAAAACAAAACGGAAAAACAAAAAGUAAUGAAAAACCUGAAGAUAAUCAGAAACCAAGUGAUCAAAACGAGUCCAGUGACGAAAACCAAUCUGGAGAUGAUGCUCAAAUUAACAAAAAACAUAAGAAACAAAAAUCACCUAUCAAGUCUUACAAGAAUGAUGGAUCAAACAAGUCUGGUACAGAGGCCAGUUCAGAUGAAACGGAAGGAUCAAAACAAAAAGAAAAACCGAAAAGUAAUAAAAAACCUGACAAGAAUCAGAAAACAAUUAAUAUUAGUGAUCAAAACGAAUCCAGUGAAGAAAACCAAUCUAAAAAUAAUUCUGAAAAUAAAGGAAAACAUAAGAAACAAAAAUCGCCUAGCACUUCAAACAAGAAAGAUAAAAAGAAAAAAUCAGGAAAAGAAGGCAGCUCAGACGAGACUGAAGGAUCAAAACAAAAAGGAAAACCAAAAAGUAAUGAAAAACCUGAAGAUAAUCAGAAAUCAAGUGAUCAAAACGAGUCCAGUCAAGAAAACCAAUCUGGAGAUGAUUCCCAAAUUAAUAAAAAACAUAAGAAACAAAACUCACCCAGCAAGUCUAACAAGAACGAUAAAUCAAAUAAGUCUGGAACUGAGGCCAGUUCAGAGGACACGGAAGUAUCAAAAGAAAAAGGAAAACCAAAAAAUAAUAAAAAACCUGAUAAGAAUCAGAAACAAAGUGAUAUGAGUGAACAAAACGAGUCCAGUGACGAAAACCAAUCUGGAGAUGAUACUCAAAUUAACAAUAAACAUAAGAAACAAAAAUCACCUAGCAAGUCUAACAAGAACGAUGAAUCAAACAAGUCUAGUACAGAGGCCAGUUCAGAAGAAACAGAAGGAUCAAAACAAAAAGGGAAACCAAAACGUAAUGAGAAACCUGAAGAUAAUCAGAAACCAAGUAAUCAAAACGAGUCAAGUGAGGAAAACCAAUAUGAAAAUGAUUCUGAAUAUAACAAGAAACAUAAGAAACAAAAAUCGCCCAGGGGCAGUUCAGAGGACACGGAAGGAACAAAAGAAAAAGGAAAACAAAAGAGUGAUAAGAAUCAGAAACCAAGUGAAAAAAGUGAUCAAAACGCGUCCAGUGAAGAAAACCAAUCUGGAGAUGAUUCCCAAAAUAACGGAAAACAUAAAAAACAAAAAUUGCCUAGCAGGUCCAACAAGAAAGAUAAAAUAAAUAAAUCUGGUCAAGAGGGCAGCUCAGACCAGGUGGAAGGAUCAAAACAAAAAGGAAAACCAAAAAGUAAUAAAAACCCUGAAGAGAAUCAGAAACCAAGUGAUAAUAGUGAUCAAAAUGAGUCCAGUGAAGGAAACCAAUCUGAAAAUGAUUCUCAAAAUAACAAGGAACACAAGAAAAAAAAAUUACCUAGCAAGUCUAACAAGAACGAUAACUCAAAUAAAUCUGGAACAGAGGGCAGCUCAGACGAGACGGAAGGAUCAAAAGAAAAAGGAAAACCAAAAAAUAAUAGAAAACCUGAUAAGAAUCAGAAACCAAGUGAAAAUAGUGAUCAAAACGAGUCCAGUGAAGAAAAUCAAUCUAGAGAUGAUUCCCAGAGUAACGGAAAACAUAAGAAACAAAAAUCACCUAGCAAGUCUAAAAAGAACGAUAAAUCUAAUAAGUCAGGUACAGAGGGCAGUUCAGAGGGGACGGAAGGAUUAAUAGGAAAAGGAAAACCAAAGAGUGAUAAAAAACCUGAUAAGAAUCAGAAACCAAGUGAUGAGAGAGAUCAAAUCGAGCCCAAUGAAGAAAACCAAUCUGGAGAUGAUUCUCAGAGUAUUGGAAAACAUAAGAAACAAAAAUCACCUAGCAAGUCUAACAGGAAAAAAUCUGAAAAAGAGGGCAGCAUAGACGAGACAGAAGUAUCAAAAGUGAAAGGAAAACCAAAAAGUAAUAAGAAACCUGAUAAGAAACCAAGUGGUAAUAGUGAUCAGAACGAAUCCAGUGAAGAAAACCAAUCUGAAACUGAUUCUGAAAAUAACAAGAAACAUAAGAAACAAAAAUCACCUAACAAGUCUAACAAGAACGAUAAAUCAAAUAAAUCUGGAACAAAGGGUAGUUCGGAGGAGACGGAAGGGUCAAAAAGAAAAGGAAAACCAAAAAAUAACAAACAACCUAAUAAGAAUCAGAAACUAAUUGAUUCAAUUGAUCAAAACGAGACCAGUGAAGAAAACCUAUCUGGAGACGAGAAUCGUCUUAAACACAAAAAACAAAAAUUACCCAAAAGCUCAAACAAAAACCAUAAAAUGAAUAAACCUGAAUCAGAAAAUAGUUCUGGCGAAACUGGGAAUUCUAAGGAAAAAGGAAAUCCUAAAAGAAAAAUAAAUCCUAUCCAACAGAAGCACCACGAAGGACAACAAAAUGUUGGAGAGAAUAUUUCGAAACAAAAGUCAGAACAACGUGAAAAUCCGAAGAACAAUAAAGACGAAAUAAAGGGUUAUUAG